CUGAGAGGAUCAGAAAGCUCCAGAUACUCAGAGCACACACACGCAUCUGAAAUUGAGAAGGACUCAACAGUCUGAAACAAUCAUCCAGCUGGAAGUUUUUGGAAUGAAUAAGAAGCUGAUUUGCCUGGUCUUGCUUGGAAGCGUGAUCUUAUUCUGUGAUGGAGGUGUUACAACGGAUCUCUGCUGCUCACACCCCUGUCAGAACAGGGGUGUGUGUAUAUCUAAAGGUUUAGAUGCCUAUGAGUGUGACUGCACCAGGACUGGAUACUACGGAGAGAACUGCACCACACCGGAACUUUCCACGUGGAUCAGGUCCAUACUGAAGCCAAACCCAAACACAGUACACCACCUGCUGACAAAUUAUAAAUGGAUAUGGGGCAUCAUUAAUAACAUCUCAUUUCUGAGGAACACUUUGAUGCGCUACGUCCUCACGUCAAGGUCAAAUCUGGUGGAGAGUCCACCAACUUACAAUGCUGAUUAUGAGUACAAAAAUUGGGAGGCGUACUCCAACACUUCCUACUACACUCGUACACUGCCCCCAGUACCCAAACACUGUCCAUCAGCGAGCAUGCCGCUUCCUGAUGUCAAGCAGGUGGUGGAAAAAGUCCUCCUGAGACAGAGGUUCAUUCCUGACCCACAGGGCACGAGCCUGAUGUUUGCAUUCUUUGCCCAGCAUUUCACUCACCAGUUCUUCAAGUCUGACCUUAAGAAAGGACCAGCCUUCACCAAAGGCCUGGGCCAUGGAGUGGAUUUAAGUAACGUCUAUGGAGAUAAUCUGGAGAGACAGCACAAACUGAGACUUUUCAAAGAUGGAAAGCUGAAAUAUCAGGUGUUGGACGGAGAGGUGUAUCCUCCUCUGGUUAAAGACGUUCAGGUCGAGAUGCACUACCCACCUCACAUUCGUGACGAGUUACGGUUCGCAGUGGGCCAUGAAGCGUUCGGCCUGGUCCCCGGCCUCAUGAUGUAUGCCACAAUCUGGCUCAGAGAACACAACCGUGUGUGCGACAUCCUGAAGCAGGAGCAUCCGGACUGGAAUGAUGAGCGUCUUUUCCAAACAACACGCCUUAUACUGAUCGGUGAGACCAUCAAAAUCGUGAUUGAGGAUUACGUUCAGCACCUGAGCGGCUACUACCUGAAGCUUAAGUUUGACCCUGAGCUCCUCUUCAGCGAGAGGUUCCAAUAUCAAAACCGCAUCGCAUCUGAGUUCAACACGCUGUACCACUGGCACCCGCUGAUGCCUGACACGUUUCAAAUCCAGCACCAGGUCUAUACACACCCCCAGUUUCUCUUCAACAACUCCAUAGUGGCAGAGCAUGGGAUCAGCAACCUGGUGGAGUCUUUCAGCAAGCAACAGGCUGGCAGGAUCUCUGGUGGAAGGAAUCUGCCUGCUGGAGUGCAGGUAAUGGCUACUAAAAUCCUGGAGCAUGGCCGUGAGAUGCGUUAUCAGUCUUUUAAUGCUUACAGGAAGCGUUUCAACUUGCAGCCAUACAGUUCCUUCGAAGAACUGACAGGCGAUAAAGAGCUUGCUGCAGAUCUGAAGAGCCUGUAUGGAGAUGUGAACUCUGUGGAGCUCUACACCGGCUUUCUGGUGGAGAAACCAAGGCACAAUGCUGUGUUUGGAGAGACCAUGGUAGAGAUGGGUGCCCCCUAUUCCCUCAAAGGGCUUAUGGGAAAUCCUAUCUGCUCCCCUGAGUACUGGAUGCCCAGCACGUUUGGUGGCAAAGUGGGAUUUGAGAUCGUAAACACGGCCUCUCUGAGGAAACUCGUCUGCCUCAACGUUAAAGGACCAUGCCCGUUCGUGUCCUUCAAGGUGCCGGAGGACAAAAUGUACAACUUAGCAAAGAUUAAUUUGAAUUCGACUCCUCCUGGUGAUGGUGACAUCAAUCCCACUGUCUUACUAAAAGAACGGACUUCAGAGCUUUAAAAAUAACAAAGUGCACCACUAUGAUUUCAAAAGUUUUUUUUUAUUUUAUUUUUUUAAAAAUGUUUUUACUUCAUUUGUAAUUUAUUGUACAAUUUAUUUAAAUAUUUAUUUAUUUAUUUGCAAUGUGAAAUACCCUAUGGGUUUUUUCAAAAAUGUUUCAGUAAAUGACUUUUGUAAUGUUUUGUAAAUGUUUUUAAAAAUAAAAGUCUUAUAAUUUUCAUAAAAAA